CUUGCUUCUCUUGCAGUAGCAGUCAUUUCGACGGAGGCUUCCUGUAGUAGUGGCAGACGAAGACCUCACGCGAUGGGCUCCACAGAGAGAGAACCCGAGCCCCGCGGGGAGCGGCGCUUCCACCAGCUGUCGUCGCUGCAGUUGGAGUCCGUGCGGCGCCGCACCUUCGCCAGCUGGCCGUCGGCGUCCGCGGACCCGGACGCCCUGGCCCGCGACGGCUUCUUCUACACGGGGGAGAAGGACCACGUGCGGUGCGUGUUCUGCGGCCGCCACAUCGGAGCCUGGGCGCCGGACGACCACGUGCGGACGGACCACGCCAGGUACUCCCCCGAGUGCAGCUUCGUGGCCGGACACCUCACCGGCAACAUCCCCAGGGCGCCGCGGACCCACGACGACGACGCCGGGCGACUCUACGCGUUCCUCGACGACUACCACGCCUCCAGGCUCGCCCACAGGCCGCCCGCGCACGAGGGGGAGAUAUCAGUCCGACGCCGUGCCCCUCCGAGCGACGAGCAGCCAGCGUUCCCUGAGUUCGCGCGGAGGGACACUCGCCGCCGCACGUUCAGCGCCUGGCCCGGGGGCGCAGGGGCCCGCGCCGACUCGCUGGCAGAGGCGGGCUUCAUCUACACAGGCGUUGGGGAUUGGGUGCAGUGCUUCCAGUGCGGCGGAGGAAUCCACACCUGGCGCCACGGAGAUGACCCCUGGGCAGACCACGCCUACUUUUACCCGUAUUGCCCCUUCGUCAGAGAGCACAUGGAGCAGGAAGGCGGGGCGAGCGGGGUGGAGGAGGUUCUUGCCCCUUCGCCCCCACCCGCCCCCUCGGUUCCCUCUCGACCGGAGGAACUCAGUCCGGAGGAAGCUGAGCUGCUCUUGCAUCACCCUAUUGCCCAGCGGUUGUUAUGCAAAGGCUUCGACCAUAGGAUCGUGAAGGAAGCCCUGAAGCAGAAAGUGGAAAAAUCAGGCUUAAUGUGCAGCAGUCUGAAUGAAGCUCUCGAAAUCGUCUUUGACUACGAGGACUCUAUUAAUGAAUCGUUCUCCGAGAAGUCAACAAAACCACAGUGAUUCUGGAAAAAAGACUGGAGGAAUUAGGAGAUAUUCAUUUAAUACUUUAUUAUUCAGAUAUAGGUACUGCAAUUCGCCGUUACGAGUAUUAGAGAGAAUUUAUAUAUAAAAAAAAAAAAAAACUCAGAGUAGUCGGAAGGAGAGAGUAGGCGGACAUCUUUACGGACUAGCAAGGGAUGGUUUGUGACGAAGCUUUGUCUAUCCGGUGUUUCCUUGCUCUGUAAUGUUAUGAAAAAUAUAAUACUAUAAGAAAAGUAUAUAGUAUAAACAAAAAUGAAUUAAUGGAGUGAUGUCUUCGACCUUUCACUGAUUUUCUUGUUUUUUCUUCACAAGACGAGACAUUCAUUUUCAUUCAUACCUUUACUACAUUUGUUGCAACGAGUACGGUUCAUUGAUUUCUUUGUCUAUGCAGCCCUUGCAAUUAUAUUUCUGAAUGAAGCUCUGAAAGAUAGUUUGUAAGUGAUGACGUUAUUUACUUUUGAAAAUAAAUCAUUCAAAGGAAGGGCCUGUACCCAAUAGCAACCCCUGGGCCUGGGUUCGCUCCCAGCCGCCCUGCUCAAAAGAACCUUUUAUAUAUGAAAUCAGUAAUUUGCAGUGUGAAAUAAAUAUUUUUUAUGGUCAGUAUUUCAUAUGAACUGAUAUUUUUUUUCGCACAGCAUUCGGGUUUGUAGUUGACUCAUCUGAUAUACGAUAAGAAUGUAUAAUGGUAUCUUCUGUCCAAGAUAACGAUAAUUUGAAUGUGUGCUUCUUUGUCUGAAUGUGUGUGCAUGCAAUAAGGCGUGGUUGUGUGGUUGUGUAUGAGAGAGAGAGAACGAGAGAAAGAGAGAGAGAAUACGUGUGCGUUUAUGUGUGUGUGUGAAUAAGACAAAAAAAAGCAGGACGGGAAAGUAUCCGAAGUUCUCCCCGAACUGCAAUACACCGAAAACGUAUUCGAGAUAUCCGUCUGUUUUCUUGUUCUUUUCUUCGUUGUUGCCAAUUUGCUCAACGUAAAUCUUACAGGUGUAUGUAUGUAAAUAAACACAUGUUUCUGUGUGGCUGUUUUGUUCAAGAUGGAUAUUCUUAAUCAUUCUACUACAUGCCUUUUGUAACAUGGGUUUAUGCUACGUCCCUUUUAUGAUUCCUGUUUGUUAAUUUAAUUCACGUCAAAUAAAAUGAAUUUAUGAGAAA